AUGAUGCCAAAGGCGUACCGUCUUUCUUUCUCGCACCUCGUUUUCUAUAUCUCUACCUUCGUAAUCGCGACGCAAUUAUGGUCCAUAUGGGGGCAAUCGAAGCACAACUACCUACCUUUCUCCCAUCAUAGAAAUCUUCAGCGAGAUUGGGAUUUCAAUGCCGAUGUGCAUGCCAAUGUGCAUACACUUAGUCAUGAGCAAUGCGACUCUGCAUUUCCAAAGCUGUAUCACAGUCUGGAUCAGGCGGUCAGCUUUCGGCAAGGCAGGAAGGUACACGUCCAGGAUAUCGAGAUUGAGGAAGGAAGAUGCAUGCUUCGGGUUAUGAUCUAUCAGGGCGAGUUAUUCGUUGUCGACGCCGGAAAACCAGAAGAAUGCUACGUGACAAACGGAAACGAGAGAGAACGCAUUCUAGGAACUCUGGCACAGAUUGAUCGAGCCGUCACGACUGCCUCGACAUCCGACCCCGUCAUCCCCAACGUUGAAUUCUCGCUUUCGCUCGACGACCUGCCACGGCGAUCCAGGAAACAUGGAACAUUCUUCGGUUAUACACGGAAGGAAGGGCCAGAGUACAAGGACAUUUGGAUGAUGCCAAACUACGCGUACUGGGCUUGGAACUAUACGCACGCUCCGAGCUGGAACAGCAUCAGGAAGGAGAUCGAGCAGAAGGAGACAGAACUUCCGUGGGCGAAGAAGGACCCUAGAGUCGUAUGGAGGGGCAAGGUCAAGAUGGCCAAGCUUAGGAAGGAGCUGGUCCGGGUCAGCGAAGGCAAAGAGUGGAGUGACAUCAAGCCUGUGGUUAUCAACAACGCCAGCGACCCGCAUACCAAGGACGUUAUGAAUCUAAGGCAAUUCUGCGGGUACAAGUUCACCGUCCAAACUGAAGGCACAUCCUACUCCGGCCGCCUAAAGUACCUCCAACUAUGUCGCUCAGCCCUAAUCACACACCCUCUCGAAUGGCAAGAAUUCCAUACCCAUCUCAUGAGACUGGCUGGCCCCGAAGUAAAUUAUAUCGAAGCAUCCGAGAACUUCGGAAACCUCGAAUCGGCCAUGGAAUACUACCGUGCGCAUGACAACGAAGCAGAAGAGAUUGCAAAGAACAGCUACGAGACAUUUACCAGAAGAUACCUGACACCAGCGGCAGUAACUUGCUACUGGAGGCGGUUGUUCUGGUCAUGGGCAAGUGUACAAGGAUAUGAGCCACAGUUGUACGUACCUGACAAGGACGGCAAUCUGGUCAUGAGAGGCACACCAUGGACAGCGUUCGCGGCCAAUUGGCCCAAGGAUCCCGCAGCUAUCCCAUGA